AUAUAAAAGAAGCGUAUGACUGAUCGAGACUGGGUCAUAAGUUCUUGCUGAAAUCGGUAGGUCGAAAUGGCUUCACAAAUGUUGAACGUUUUUCGUCGUCAAUUUUCCACAUCCUUGACAAGGAGAUCAACGGCAGCAGCUCACGGACCAGCAGCAGAAGAUGCAGCAGGUACGGCCAAGACAUGGAAGUACAUGUCAUUUCUGGUAGCCUUGCCAGGUGUGAUGUUCUGUAUGGUGAAUGCUUACAAAGGUGAAAUGGAACACAAAGCUCAUCUUGCACAUCACAAACCAGAGUUUGUUGCUUACUCACAUCUUAGGAUUAGGACAAAGGCCUUCCCAUGGGGAGAUGGCAACCAUUCUCUCUUCCACAAUGCUGAGUCCAACGCUCUCCCCGAGGGUUAUGAAGAAUAACUCCACUGCUCUCCAGAUGUCUAAAGUCUUUGUCUUUUAUUGUAUCAAGAGAUUUGCAUUUGAAAGCUGUUAAUGUUUAUACACGUGUGGAACUGAUCUACUCUUCAGAUUUGACUUUGAUGUGUCAUACUGCACUACAUAAAAAAUUGGAACAGUGAUAAUGAAGAAUAUUAUUUGAAUGAUAAAAUUGCCCAUUUGCUGUUGCAAUGAAGAUGCAUCCAAAUUACACUCUCCUUUAUUUUAUUGCUGAUUAUCAAAUGGCCACUUUAAUUAAUGGAUGAAAUGCUAAGUUCAUGUCAUUCAUUGGGAAGUAAAUAUACCACUUUCAUUUUAAACCAAGUAACCAAUCCUUGAUAUUUCUAUUGUAAAUUAAUCUCAAGAUUAUCUAUGUGCUGUGUAUUGAUAUAAACAGCUAGAAUCUUAUGCAUUGAUAACUGCAAUCUAUGUGUAUAGUGAAGCACUUUUCUCACCAAACUUCGCUGUUGGAUAUUAAAGUGUGAAUUAUUUAGGAAACUAAACAAAGUUGUUUGACAUUUUUGUUUUAUUCUGUACCUUGUUUAUCUAAGUAAUAUAGCUAAGGGUAUCUUUGCUUAUGAGGGAUUCUAGUGAUUCUUGGAAAUGUGUUGUCUGAGAGAAAUAAGCAUACUGCUUACAAACUCCUCCAAAUUGGAACUGUAUGGCUUUGUCAUAUAGUAUCACUGGACUAAAUGUCAUUUGUCUCUCAGUAGAAAAGAUGUUGAUUUGGAGACCCUAUUAGAAGUAAAAAAGUGAAAUUGAAUUUGUACACCAAUGGAUGAGGUAACAACAUAAAAAUAUUCAUAUUUUCAAGUACUAGUAGUUUCACACUCACAGCUUACUUAUUUGCAAGAGAAACAUAGAAAUUUCAUUAGCCUUCAAAAUAGGCUUAAUUACUGGCUGGGAAGCUAUGACGUCAUAAUAUGUGAGUUUUUAUUACAUGGGUUUGUAUGAGUAAAAUUCCUUUAGUAUUCCUGUGAUUUGUGGAUUUUAUUUCAAGACUGCUAUGUAAAAGCAUUAAAUACGAUCUGAAUGCAGACACAGGAUAAAAAUUAUAAAAAGGGCCACCAAAUAUGCGUCAAAUGAAAAUUACCCAAAUAUGUUCAUGGGCUGUCUGUUAGUUAAUCAAUAUUAGCAGAAAAUCCUUUCACUUUUUUCACUAUUUUCUGUACAUAAUGUUUGUAUAAUUUUCAAUUUCAUAAUCUGAAAAACAAGAAAAUAAUUGAUCUUUUCUACAUACAAAUGUGUGUACAUCAAAUACAGAGAGAGAGAGAGGGAGAACUGUUGUCUUGAAAUAUUUGAAAGCAAAACAAAUCAUACUUCAUCCUAUUAUUACAUUUUUAAAUAAUCACACAAAUUAUUUAGGUCCAUUGAAGUUUCUAAGUUUGAAUAUUAUUCUUUGACUUGUGUAAUGUUAGCAUAGUGUGUUGAUUAGUUAGAACAGUGAGAUUUGGCCUGGUUUUUGUAAUGGCAAAAACUGCUGGUGUGAAAAUUUACUUCAGGUAUAGAAUCCAACCCAAAACUAGGGCCAAGGGUACUCUGGACUGAAAAUAUAUAUAUCAAAAUAGAGUAAAAUUCACAAAGCAAAAUGUUUGAAAAUAUCAUCAAAAUUUGAUAAUAAAGUACAAAGUUAUUGAAUGUUAAAGUUUAGCAAUAUUUUGUGAAAACAGUUAUAUGCACGUCGUCAUGGUGGGCUGAUGGAAGUCGCAUCCCCACUUUCCUUUCUCUUAUGUUAUUACAUGAAAUCAUUGUUUCAUUUUUUCAUACAUGUGCAAAUGAUAUGUCUCCCUUAUAAUGAAAUAAGUUGAAGCAAUGGAUAUCUAAUGCACAUAAUCAGUUGUUAAACCAUUUUUUUGAAUAAACCUAAUUUAAUAAAAUGAAGUAUAAAAGAACAAGUGCGGAUAUGACAUCAUCAGUUUGCUCAUUGAAAAUUCAUGAAGACAUGCCUAGAACUGUUUCACCGGAAUAAUGCAAAUCUUAAAACUGCCAUAGCUUUGUUAUUCUUCGUCA